ACCAGUGUGUCGCUGCAUCCGAGCUCUCAUCGUCAAAGCAUCAUCAACCACCAGGCCAGGACGGAGAGCCAACGUGACUGGCCGAGCCUAAAUUCAAUUCUGGAAAACGUUGAUAAUUAAAGAUAUGUAGCGAUUAGACGUAUUGGCUUUUGGAAACUGAACAGCGACUUAGAUACAUCCCUUAGCCUGCGGUGCUAUUUUGAUUAUUUCAACAGACAUCAACGCCUUGGCUCAAAAUGGCUGAGAUCACCGAAAUCCGAGCAGCAUACGACAUGUCCCCGGUGCUUGCGGGCUUCAUUGGGGCAGGAGUGCUGGUGGUGGCAGUGGUGACUCUGGUCUUCCUCUGGGUGUGCUGCCAGCGGCGCCGCCGCCGGUCGACGGGCGCCUACAAGCUCCACGGCAUCCAAUCAGAGCCAUACGACCCGGCAACAGACCCGCCGUACAAGUUCAUCCACAUGCUAAAAGGCAUCAGCAUCUACCCAGAGACGCUGACCAACAACAAGCGGGUGGUGCGACUGGCCAGGAAGGCCGGCUGGAGGGGGGACAGGCGCCAAGGGCCGACCACCGAGGACCAGGAGCGGGGCGAAGCAGUUGUGGACGGGGCCGACGUGGGAGCCGCAGCAGCUGAAAACGGGCAGGUCCCCUACAUCAACCGAUCGGAAGAUGACGAUGGGCAGUGUGAUGGCGCGAGCCGCCACCCAUUGAGGCUGGAGCGCGAUCUGCCCAUCCGGGCCGACUACAGCUGCCUGGAGAACGUCUCAGCCCCCAGCAGCAGCAGCAGCAGCAGCCAGAGCAGUGCCACGGCCACCCCCUUCACCCCGGCCACUGACGACGAGCUGCAGAGCCUGGGCGAGCUCAGCCUGGCCGUGGACUACAACUUCCCUAAGAAGGCCCUGGUGGUCACCAUCCAGGCAGCGCGGGGGCUCCCGGCUGUGGACGAACGGGCGGGCAGUGCAGACCCCUACGUCAAGAUGACCAUUCUGCCCGAGAAGAAGCACCGCGUCAAGACCCGCGUGCUCCGGCGCACCCGACAGCCCGUCUUCGACGAGACGUUCACCUUCUAUGGCGUACCAUACAGCGCACUGCCCGAGCUCACGCUGCACUUUCUGGUGCUGAGCUUCGACCGCUUCGCCCGCGACGACGUCAUUGGUGAGGCGGUGGUGCCACUGGCUGGCGUCGACCCCAGCACGGGCAAAGUGCAGCUCACACAGCUCAUCAGCAAGAGGAGCAUGCAGUGUGUGAACCGCGGAGAGUUGCUGGUGUCUCUGUCCUACCAGCCGGUCUCCCACCGGCUCAGCGUGGUGGUGCUCAAGGCCAAACACCUCCCUAAGAUGGACAUCACCGGAUUGUCUGGCAACCCGUACGUGAAAGUGAACGUGUUCUACGGCCGUCGGCGCAUCGCUAAGAAGAAGACCCACGUGAAGAAGAGCACGCUGGAUCCCGUUUUCAACGAGUCGUUUAUCUAUGACGUGCCGGCCGAGCUACUGCCCGACAUCUCUGUGGAGUUCCUGGUCAUGGACUUCGACCGCACCACCAAGAACGAGGUGGUGGGCCGCCUGGUCCUUGGUGCACGGAGCUCUUUGCCGGCCGGUGCCGCCCACUGGCACGAGGUCUGCGGCAACCCACGCCGGCAGGUGUCCAAGUGGCACAGUCUGAGCGAGUACUAGAACCUAGCUGAGAACAUACACACACACACACACACACACACACACACACACACACACACACACACACAAACACACACAUGCUAAUGCACACACACACACACACACACAUGUACACACACAAACACAUACAAGUGCAUGCACAGUCUCCAACAUAUGAACAUGCACAAACAAACCUACAUACACCCAUGCCAACCUCAUACCUACCUACAAAUGGAAUACAUACACACAUUCAUAUAUGAAAACAAAAGAACUCUGUACAGGUGAGAUACCUUCAUCUUCUCUCUCUGUCACAAACACACACACACACACACACACACACACAUACACACACUCUCUCUCUCCCUCUCUCUCUCACUCUCUCUCUCUCUCUCCCAUACACACAAACACAUUUAAACUCCUGCUUGCAUAUGCAUAUAUGCACAUACAUGGACACAAGCAGUUCAUGUACACUGAUAAAUGUAAGAAAAAGACCUCUGUGUGAGAUCUCUCUUCUAAACAAAAUGGACAAAAGGAACUAAACAUCAGUUUCCAUUCAAAAAGGAUUCGAUCACAUAUACUGACACGCUAAAACACAUAUUGUGACACACAUAUACAAUAACACCGUCACUAAAGAAUAGUCAUGAUGGAGACCAAAAUAUGACUAUGAAUACAAGACUGUUAUAAUUUUUUGGUGGUGGUGUUGUGAAGACCCAAGCCCAAGUAUUGCUUUUUAUUUUCUAAUAAUUGUACAAUGUCAGAAUUCACUAAUAUCUUCUUGCACUGGUUGUAUCGCAUGUCAGAUCAAUGAAACAGAUGUUUUUUUUUUCCUCAAAAGAAAAGAACGCCAGAUGUUGUUGUUCAAAGUUGAAAGAGAGUGAUUUUUUCCCUCAACCAAAUAUAGCAAACCAGAAAGAUCUUCAAAGUGUACAGCAAUCGUUCUAAAAUUGUGAUGUCAAAUCAGUUUUUGUACUCAUGAAGAUUUCUUUCACUGUAAGACUCGCUUAUGAGGCCUCAGUCAUGACAAGGUUCAUUCCCUCUGUGUCAUAUUGCUAUGCUUUGAAAAAAGAUAUCACUGUAACAACCAUUGGGAUGACAAUUUCUGAGCAUAUUGCCCCCGAUUAUGCUCAUUCCCUGAUGGCUCUUUAGUCUCAUUUAAAACAGAAUGUUCUAGAAUUAUUUGACAAAUAGUGCUACAAGACAAAGACUGCCUUGGGGAUGAUACUAUAAACUGUUUUGUAGAAAAGGUUUGUGCUCAGCUACUGUUUCAUAUCCAAUACUGCUCUGUCUUGGUCAGAAUAACUAAACGGCAGCUCUCUCUGUCUUCUGUGCUUUCUUAUUGUGAUGCAACAGCUUGCACAUCACUCAGCAAUCUUACCGGCUUCUAAAAAGGCAAUUACAUGACAGUAAGGGAUGCAAUGGAGGAUUUCACAAGGAUCGUCACCUAUGACUGCGAUGAUUGCAUGUCUUUCAUGUACAGUACAGGAACACAAUAAUUUGUCAAGGCUUUUCACUUUUCUAGGUUGCUCUUUGUAUUUGUUUGUACUUUUUUUUGUAAAAAGUGAAAUUAGUGCACCAACAUUGCCUUGCAAAAGCUUUGAAUUGUUCUAUAUUUCACUAUCAGGAUGACCUGCACGACUGUCAGGAUGUGUCAUGGAAUAUUUUUCAAAACUUGCUGGAAGUAGGGUAGAUUUUACAUUCUACAUUUCUCAUUCUAGCAUUUUAUUUUCCCCUUAGAACCCAUUCUCUUAGGAACCCCUUUAGUGUAUUUUCCCCUCGUUCUCAAGACAGUGUUGUUCUCAUAAUCUGCCGUGCCUGCUCAGUCAGUUCGCUCCACUCCUGGUCCCUGGGACAGACAGGAGGAUGACGGAGGGUGACGCAGCGCACGUGCGGGCGGGCGUGGCUGAGUGCGGAGCGGGCGUUUGGCACGGCACACGCCCCACCAGAAGGAGGAGAAGCAGGAGGGCCACCACAGCAUCACUGUGACGUGGAGAAUGUCACUCUGACCUCCGAUCUCUCUCUCUCUCUCUCUCUCUCUCUCUCUCUCUCUCUGUCCAUCUCUCUCUCUCUCUAUGUCUGUCUUUCUAUCUCUUUCUCCCUCUCUUUCCUCAUGGGCGAGUGUCUGCCUCUCCUCCAUCCCGUUGCUCAUCUUCAUCUUUAUGUAAUCACAUCCAUUACGUAUACCAUAUUGGGGAUUAAAGACGGGAAUGUGCGUUGCAUAACGCCUGUGUUGUUGUAUUAGUUUCAGUCUGCAAGCUGACAUGUGUAUAAGACUAGCCACAGGCUUCUAGGGAUCUCCAACGGCAAGAGCGGUGAGUGCGGCCGAGUCCAUAGAGCCACUGAACGCAGCUGAGACCCUCUCUCUGCUUACUCAAAGUGGACGAGAGGACGAAUCGGUCCACUUUUAAGAUGAAAUUCUGCUGUCUGUGUCAUUUUAUUAGUUAUAGUCCGUUCAUGCGGCAGGGAAAUGGGAAGGUUCCCACUUCUAAACUCACCCUUCCAAAGUGAGAGCGUUCACUAUGUUGAGUAACAUCAAAAUAUUCUUCCACUUCAAACUGGGAAGUCCCCAGUUCAGGUGUCCCCCCCCCGAAACUCCCACUUCUCAGUUGCUCAUGAAUGCACCAUUAUACUCCUCACAGACACAUCCUUACAGCCCAGCCCAACCUGAUACACAUAUAGAUACAGGCACGCCCAGUACACACACAUCCACAGGGUCUGUGAACUGUGCAGAUGAGAAGUGUGAAUUAUAAUAUCACUGAGCCAUGGCACUGUCCCAUACAGAAGACUGGAGGCUCCUGCUAUGGUGGCACAGUUUAGGUUAUAACACCUGUGGACUUCACCACCCGUAUCUCUAUCACUUACCAAGUGUUUAAAAUGCCUGAGCUUGAUUACCCUGCACAUUUUUUCCCUUUGUUUUUUUGUUCAUUUGCACAGAAACACAUGUGGGAGCCAAUUAUCCAAUUAUUUAAGUUAGUUUCAUUAUUAAUGUCCUACGGUACACAGUGUUUUACCACACUGAAAGCUGUUUUUUUUUUUACCUGUUUGGAUGUUAUCAGCGUUGACUUAUUCCUUGUCGCUUUCUGCUGUAUGUGGUGCUAAAGGAGACGUGGACACACUGGAAGGCUAAGGGCUCUCAUAAACACACACACACACACACAUGCUUAAUUCCCAAUUGAAUCAACACAUUCUUACUCCCUCACUCGCCUGAGCCUAGCCUUCACAUCCAAUGCUGUUUUUUUGUAUUUUGAACUCUAACCAACCUGAUUUGGACUAUGUCGGAUGUACAAAAUGAAAUCAAGGGAAAGCUGUAAUUAAUUAUUGUCCUGAUCAUGACUAGGGAUUGUUGUAAAUUAUACAGUACUUUGAAUUGUGCAAACUGUGCAUAUUGGAGUGUGAGUCUGAAGUAACUGGGGAAAAAUUGACCUUUGCAAAUCUGCAAAAUGCCAUGAAAUAAUACGCAAAAUAUAACACUAAUGCUAGUCUGUCUGUUGGUUUUGUUAACACAUAUUGAAUGUGCAAAUAAAACGUCAAAGUGGUACACUA